UGAGCCGCUGUGUCACUGCCAUGAUGGCGGCCCUGCGUCGGCUCCUCUCAGCGGGAUGUAAAUACAGCGUUACUCCGGGCGGAGCGGGGCCCGGCGCUCCCCGCAGCCGCUCUGUGAGGCGGGCUGGGGCUGCUGUGGGUUUGGCGGUUGGGGGGGUGGCGGUGUACGGGCUGUGGCUGUACCGGGAAGCCGGGGAACCGGGCGGGAGGAGCGGUCAGCACCGCGGGCUGGUCAGCUCUCUCCCCGCCGUGGCCGCGAAGGAGAAGACUAAGAUACGCAUUGACGAUGAGAAUAUUACAAUGUCGGCCCACGAGCACCGGUUCCGCCUCUUUAGUUCACUGGAAUACGAAGGACAGCUUUACAUGACUCCGCUGGACUUCAUCGAGUCAGUGACCAUGAGUGAGCCCAAGAAAAAGAAGUUUUGGAGAUCCCUAACAAAACAGGAUUUAGAAAAGAUGCUCUCAGACACUCCUCCAAUUUGGAAAGGAUCUUCUAGGUUCUUCAGGAACUUGUGUGAAAAAGGAAUCAUCUCAUACACAGAGUAUCUCUUUCUUCUGUGCAUUUUGACAAAACCUCGUGCAGGCUUCAGAAUAGCUUUCAACAUGUUUGACGCAGACGGAAAUGCAAUGGUGGAUAAGAGGGAGUUUACAGUGCUGGAGGAAAUUUUUCGAAAGAAAAAUGACAAAAAAGAGCGGGGUGGAGAUUCAGACAGCACGUCUCAGCUGAGCGUGGAACUGUAUGGAUACCAGGGUUCUGUAAGCGGUGCUGUCCUUAAAAAAGACCAGGCUGAGUUUGAACCCAGAAGCUUCUGGGAUGUGCUGAAGCAGGGUGCCAAAGUAGUUCUGUUUUCAGAUCUGGUGGAGAACGUCCAGGAGAACAUCACUGACACCACUCUGCUGGUGCACUUCUUUGGAAAGAAAGGGAACUCUGAACUGAACUUUCAAGACUUUUACAGAUUCAUGGACAACUUGCAGACAGAAGUGCUGGAGAUUGAGUUCCUGUCCUAUUCUAAGGGCAUGACCACCAUCAGCGAGGAGGACUUUGCUCGUAUCCUCCUGCGCUACACCACUGUAGACAACAUCGGCAGCUACCUGGAGAAUGUGCGUCAGAGCAUACCAGAUGAGAAGGGUAUCAGUUUUGAGGAAUUCAGGUCCUUCUUUCAGUUCCUCAACAAUUUGGAGGACUUUGCCAUUGCCAUGCAAAUGUACAACUUUGCCAGUCGCUCAAUUGGACAAGAUGAGUUUGGACGUGCUGUUUAUGUAGCCACAGGCCACAAACUCUCUGCACACCUCGUCAACAUCAUCUUCAAGAUUUUCGACGUCGACCACGAUGACCAGCUGAGCUACAAGGAGUUCAUUGGCAUCAUGAAGGACCGCCUGCAUCGCGGCUCCUCGGGAUAUCGAGGUGAGGAGCGGUUCACAUCCUUUAAAGGCUGCAUGAAGAAGGAGCUGGCUGGAAAAUAGGUCACUACUCUGGGAUACAGGAUUUUGUUGAAGCUAAAACUCUGCUAAAAACUUGUACUGUCUUAUGUUCUUUAUUUAUUUAUUAAUUUAUUCCUUUUUUAUAGUGGAGUCAGACCUUGUCUUUUUUCUAUCCUUAACAAAAUCACAUAGCAUGGUGUUACGGCCUUGCUUAGAAGAAUUUGUAAUUGAAUGUUUACUAAACACAAAAAAGAUAGAGCACAACUCAACUGUGAGCCACAAUUUUGAGUUAUCUCAUAUUGUGUCAAAUUGCCCUGUAAUUGUUUUUAUUUCGACAGGUGCUCGAUACUAGUUCAGCACAGCCUGCAGGAGAAGGAGCUGUUUUAACAUAGAUUUACAGUAUAAGAGUUAAACUUAAGCUUGUGCUUGUUACUUACUAGUUACUAACCUUUGGCAUUCAGUUAUAGGAUGUAGGAUAUUCAGUAGGUUAUGUAGGAUAUGGUAUUAUAAGUAGCGCAUGGUGCCAUUUUAAACUUUCUGCACUUGAAUUACAAAAUAGUUGCACCAAGAAGAAAUCAACCAACAGGAAUGAAACUUGGUGGGUAGUUGUGUCAGACUGGCAUAAAGUGACUGAGAUUUGCAGAAUAACAACUUUUUCCACCUUUGGUCUUCAUUACAGGCACUUUGGCAGCCCAACAUUACAUUAAUAUGGUCCAGUGACUCUAAUCUGACCGAGUAAUCUAACGCGUUAUUAUUUCUAAUUUAGUAAUCAGAUUAAAGUUACUUAUCCCAUUCACUGUCCAUCAUUUUCCUUAGUUAAAAUAUAUUGUAGCGUUCGGCUGGGUGCUUUCAAGGAUAGACGAGAAAGCUGUUAACAGUUGUUGGGACAGUAAUGGGUUAAUGCUUAAAAAUGUAAGGUAUUCUGGGAAUUGUAGUGUAGGUGUAUAGUCACCUAGAUGCUGCAGCAGCAGGUUAAGUUCUCUUUCUCGCUCAUUUUUGUUGUUUUAGCACAGACAUUUGUUUUAUUUUUUGUUUCAUGACCAACUAGGCUACAAUAAAUGCCCAGUACUUGGCUUUAACCCUGGUUCUGGUUCCAGGAAAAGAACAAAAAUGUGGGUAUUACCCCAGAACAGGUAGAAGUUUACCUCGUCUAACUCAUGGAACUAUGGUGGAAACUAGCUCCCCUGUUGACAGCUGCUGAAAGUAACUAAUAAAGUAACUUAAAAGUAACUUUUCAAAUUAAGUAAUCCAUGAAGUAACUUCAUAAGUAAUCAGAUUACUUAUUGAAAUGUGCGGGAUGCUAAUAGACGCACUAUCAACACUCCCUACACACCUACCUUCUAAAUCUGCAGGAACUGCAUGAUAAUAUUUAAGCUGCAUGGGAUGGAUUAUCAAAGAACACUAUUAUUAGAAACAUAUGGAGUCCAUACUGAGGCAGCUGGCAUGUUGCACAUGGGUUACACACUACUUCUGUAGGAGUAGCUCAAUAAGUAAUAAGACUUGCUCAAAUCAGUCCUAAUUUUUUAUAUUUUUUUGUUCCUUUCCGAAUUGGGGUGUAACUGUACAGAAAUUUCAUGGUUCGGUUCACGCCUCGGUAUAAAUUGUUGUAAUGGGGCUCAAUCACUUUUGGGAGAGACAGACAGACAGACGGCGUGAGCGAAAGAGAGAGACAGAAAGACAGACAAACAGACGGCACGAGCAAAAGAGAGAGACAGACAGACCUAACCCUUGUUGACACUGGAAAGCAACAGGCGACCAUUAGUUUCCCAUAGCAGCGCAGCGACAGUGUGUGGACAGUUUGACUCAUCUGCAUUUCUGCGCACGCUCUCGUCUCGUUUGCGCAAACCAAACCGUGACCCUGUACUGUGACAGUUCUUAAAGAAUACACGUACCGUUAAGCCCCUACCGAAAAGCAUUGUAAUCCAAUUUUUUUUUCUGGGUGCAACUAUUUAUUUGAUGAUAAGUGCAUUUAAACUUUGGACAGGUAUACAGGCUGUUAGUUAAACACAGCUUACAGAGGGAAGGACUGAUUUAGCCCAGACUGAUAAUACAAGAGUUAAGUUAAAGCUUGUUACGUACUAGUUACUAGCUUUUGGCGUUUGGUUUUAUGUAGGAUAGUAAGUAGAAUAUGUAGGAUAUUGAGAGGUAUUGAGUAGCAUUAUGCCAUUCUAAUCUUUCUGCACUUUUAGUAGUUACAUUAUAGUUUCCCAUAUACUGUUUAUUCUAUUUAUUGUGAUAUUUAUGCAUUUCAAUGUUCUGUUCUUUGUACAUAACAGUGUCUCACACUGCAUCACUCGUUUUUGUCUCUUUAUAUGUUUAACCUGAGAACAAUAGCCAUAGAGCACUGAAGACAAGGUAGAGUAGGGUCUUCAGUCUGAGUACCCCAAGCGAUGAUGUUACUGACACACGAGUCAAAAUCUGUAAGCCAUUGAAUCAGAUUAACCUACUACCUCCAGGAAUUGUACCUAAUACCUUAUCAGUGUCACACACGCGAAGCCCUUUAAACACCAUGAAGUGCGAGAUUAAAACACAGCCAGUAGCAGUUAAUAGUUUAAUAAUCAGAUACAGUUUGGAAAUAUUUUAUAAAUGUGAAUAUUUUAUAAAUGAUAUCAAUAAUAUCAGCUGUUCGGGAUCCUGCUGUGUUGAUAAAGAGCUAAUUCCUUCAUUUUGAAUCAUAGGCACAUUCAUAUAAGUCUUAAAAAUCUAUCUAUCUUUUCUAUCUAUCCUGUCUUUCUAUUACAUCAGUUCAGGACUUCUUGAUACUAAAACAGUUGUUUAAAACUCUUUAGUACUGUUUUGUGGAGCGUGCAAUACAUUUCUUUCUACAUUUCUACAUCUUUUAGAUACUUUCUACAGUAUAACUAUAGGAUAUCUUUAGAUUUUCAAUCAUAUAUUUAUGCUUAUACAUGUUUUAUUCAUUAAUAAUACUAGUUCUAAAUAAUCACAAUCAUCUUGGUUAUUAAAAAUGUGAUAAAGUUUGCUCUUUUUUCAACCUUGUUGCACUAUGAAGCUCUAUAUUCGCUUUGCCAUGAGUUCUAAGCUGCAUAAUCUUCUCUAUAUAAAGCGAGCACAUUGCUAACAUACUUUCUCUGAGCCUCUCCACUGCCCAGAUCAGCUUACAAACAGCCAGGGACUCCAUCCUGCUGCUCAUCUCUGUUCAGUGGUGGACGAAGUAUCCAAACCAUGUACUUUAUUUAAAGUAGAGAUACCCAAUGUAAAUAAAAUAAUAUAGUACCAGUCAAAACUUUAGAUAUAUCUCUUCUCAUUCAAAGUGUUUUCUUUCUUUUUCUGAUUUUUACAUUGUACAUUUAAUAUUAAAGACUAUAUUAAAGCUAUACAGGGACACAUGCCGAAUUAUUUUGUGAUCAGAAAAAAGUGUUAAACAAACCAGAAUAUGUUUUAUUCUUUAGAUUUUUCUAGGUAGCACAUUUAUCUUUGAGGACAUUUGUGUUUUAAUCUCAGUGUCUUCAUGAGGGAGAGUCACCUGGAAAAGUUUUCUCAGCAUGUUGAAGGAGUUCCUGAAGGUGCUGAACAAUAGUUGCUGCUUUUCCUUCACGCUGUGAAGCUCCAGCUCAUCCCAAAUCACCAUCUCAGUUGACCAGGUUUAGAUCAGGGGAUUGUGGAGGACAAACACUUUUUUACUGUUUACUAUGUAAUUAAUGUGUCCCUUAAUUGUUCAAUAUUAAUCUUCAAUGUAGAAACAAAUACAUAAAUAAAUAAAGAAAAAAAUUAAUGAGAGGAACUUUAAACUUCCCCAAGUAUUGAAAGUAAAAGUACCUUGACUUUUGUAACAUAGGGCUUGUUUAAUCACCUCACUCUUAUUUAAAUUCACUUAUUUUAAGUAAAAAACCUUAAGUGUCUAUAAUACAUAACUUUGAAAUGUAGUACAGAAAGUAAAAAAAAAAACAAUAUCUGUUAUUUUGUGUAAAGGAAUUACAUUUACAUUAUUACUGUCCACUGCUGCCACUUUUAUUCUAUCUACAUUUUCAUUCUUUUAUAAAGACAACUUUCAAAAACAUAUAGAAAAGGUAUAUAGAAUAUAUAAAGAUAUAUAGAAAGAUUCAUGUUCAGAAAGGCAUCUCUCACUAUUUGAAAUAUGGGGAAAAAAUGUGUGUAAAAAGUGUACUGUUCACAUUUAAUUUUAUGAAGGUAAUAAUGCUGGUUUUGUUUGUGUUGAUGUGCAUGAUGUUGAAUUGCUGAUGUACUGCAUCAUGUUAGAGAGCUAGGCUAUAUUAGUUAGUUAGUUAGUGGUGGUGUGCUGUUCAUAAACACUGAAAUUAAUGAGUUACAGUACAGUACAGUGUUUUACAGUUGUGUAUACUGUUACAGAGACUGUUUAAAACUGUCUUAACAAUAAAGUAUUAAAGAACCA